UGACACUUCAGUUUGCAGCUCACUGGGGUCUGCUUGAAGCUGACGUGCCAAUCCAGCGGUCACCACUUGGACUCUUGUCAGGAGGCUGCGAAUCGAGAGAGACAGGAUGCUGCAGGGGUUUCUCUUACUGUUUCCUUGGCUGUUCCUGAACACGGGACUGUGUUCUGCAGCACAAUCAGAGCUGACAAUCACAACCAUAAAGCAAGAGCCAUACACGAUGUCCAAAGGCACACAGCUGGAGGGCUUCUGCAUGGACCUGCUGUCUGAGGUCGCCAAGAAGCUGGGCUUUAAAUACAGAGUGCAGCUGGUGAAAGACACUUCGUACGGCCGACAGGACGAGAACGGCAACUGGAAUGGGAUGAUUGGAGAGGUGGUGAGAGGGGAGGCAGAUCUGGCCAUUGCUCCACUGACUCUCACUGCGGCUCGUGAGAAAGCUGUGGGAAUGACCAAACCAUUCAUGCAGACUGGAAUCAGUGUCCUACUAAGGAAGGACAUCUCAGAGGGAGCAGGCUUCUUUGAUUUCCUGACCCCCUUUUCAGCACAGACUUGGGUCGGCAUACUGGUGGCCUACGUGGGGACGGCUGCCUGCAUCUUCAUCGCUGCCAGACUGAGCCCAUGUGAGUGGAGUCAGCCUCAAAGUGAGCAGAGCAGAUUCGGUUUCCUCCACAGUCUGUGGUACACGGCUGGAGCUCUGACGCUGCAAGGCGCUGGUCCUCAUCCCAAAUCCCUCUCAGGACGCGUCAUCUGCUGCAGCUGGUGGCUGUUUGCUGUCGUCCUCUUGGCGUGUUACUUCUCCAACCUCAGCGCCUCCAAGAGCUCAGAGUCCAGUCAGCUGACGGUCAAAGGGUUUGAGGACUUGGCCAACCAGGACAUGAUCGAGUACGGCUGCCUGGCUGGUUCCUCCACCCUCGCUUUCUUCAAGAAUUCAAACAACCCCGUGUACCGCAGGAUCUACGAACACAUGGAGAGAACAAAGAGUUUCGUGUCGUCUAUGGAUGAAGGGAUCCGACGUGCACGAGAGGGCAACUUUGCCUUCAUUGGAGAGUCUGUUUCUCUGGACUUGGCCGUAGCGCGUCACUGUGAGCUGGUCAGAGCGCACGAAGUCGUUGGCAUGAGGGGCUACAGCAUCGCUGCUGCUCUGGGUUCUCCGAUCAUAAAGAACCUCAGCGUGGCGAUCCUGCAGCUGAGCGAGGCCGGAGAGCUGGCGUACCUGCGAAGCAAAUGGUGGGCCAGCAGCUGCAUCGCAGGCAAAGCCAAGUCUUCAGCUGUGCAGCCGCACAGCCUCAAAGGGAUGUUUCUGGUUCUCUCCCUGGGCCUUGGGCUGGGAACAGUUCUGGCUGUGCUGGAACUCACCUCCAAGAGCCGCAGGAGCGCAGCAGAGCAGAAGAAGUCCUGCUGCACUGUGCUGACUGAGGAACUGAGUCUGCGCCUGAGGACCAGCGAUGCAAAAACAUCCCAGGAAAAUGCAGAAAAAGACAAAGAAAAAGCAUAGAAGCCUGAGAGAAACUGAGAAAUGAUCAACUCUGAAAAGCUUCUUUAACUUUCAAAGUGUGCCAGUAUUUGAUAGAAACAUUAACUCUGUAGAUUUUGAACUCUUAAAAUUUGAGAACUCAUUUAUUAAAAAAGACAAUUUAUUGAGUUUUAAUGAUCAACUCUAGAAUUUCCAUGAAAAAUCAAACAUUACACUUGAAUUUUUAUAAAAAAUAAUUCCAGGUUUACACUUGAAAACUUAAAAACUGACUAACAGAUAGCGCUCACGUGUUUAGUUCUGUUUAUGUUGUUGUUUACAUCUCUGCAUCGUGCUAUUUUGUACAGUUGGCAUCAUGUGAUCUGAACAAUUCCUUUUUAAAGACUAUUUCAUGCAUAAAAGCUGUGAUGACUGUAAACAUUCCAGGAGGACUAAAAUAUUAAAAACUGCCUA